UGAGCAACACAAUCCUCUCGCAGCGCGCACACGCACGUACAACGCGGUGCGGUGCACUUGCUCCUCUGAACCCUCCUUCCCACGAUCCGCCCACCACCUCGGGACUGGAGUCACGUGCUCCACCGCCUAGUGUCUCUCUCGUCGAGCCCACAGCCCCACAAAUCAAACUCAGUCAGCGCCCGGCAGAGAGACAGGAUGGAGGAUGAGAGGCGGAGAGGCGGCUGUUGACAGAAAGCCCAUCGGCGCCGGCGGAGGGCACUUAACGGAUGAUAGAUCCGCACAUGCCGGUUUCUGUGGCAUUUCUGCAAACCGGGAGAUGAGAUUUGCAACGAGGCGGAGAGCCUCUCCUCGCUGUGAUAUUCAACAGUCCGCCUGCGCGCCGUGCGUGGUGCGUCGGGGGUGUGCGGUACGCGGGGCGCACGGCUCUGCUCUGGACUGAGGAGACAUCUCCAGCUCUCUUCACCAUGAGGACUCUCUCGGCCAACUUGUUCGCGGUGCUCUUGAUGUGCGCCCUCGCGGGGGUCUUCUACGUCUGGAGCGCGCUGGAGAGCCGUUUGGAGCGGCAGAAGCGGAGCUUCCUGGCAUCAGAUGGAGGCUUGUUCCACCGAGGUCUCCCUGAAGACCUCUCCACCAAAACUUUUCGAGCCCUGCUUGCUGUUCCAGCGGCACAAAGACCUGCUCAGAAUCUCAGCAGUCAAGCCGCCUCCGCGGGGAGCCCGCAUUACCAUGUGAAAGGGGAUAACAAGAGGUCAGCGCGGCGAGAAGUCACCCCCGUGGACAAGGGGAUUUUUUGGAGUGACUGGCUGGAGGACCUGUUCCCGGUGGGUUUUACGCACGAACACGCAUCCACUUGGAGGAAUAAAGGCAGGAGGUCCCGGGUGGUUCGGCUGGAGCGCGGAUGCGGCAGGAUAUCCAAUCAGCUCGCCACGUUCGCAGAUGGGACGAAAGCGUGCGUGCGCUACGGGAUCAACCCGGAUCAGGUGCAAGGUGAAACUUUGACGUACUACUUUGCCAGCGUGCUGGGCAUCACCAACCUGCCCCCGCUCGUCCUGUCCCAGCUGGGCAGACACAGCGAGCAGUGGGCGGCUGUGCGGACGCGGAUUGACAGCCUGCAGUGGAGUGAAGGGACCGUGGUUUCCCUCACAGAGUGGAUUUCUAACCUGAGCGGCGUGGUGACACCUGCGCCGCUCCGGCAGGAGAGCAGCGGGCUGCACCCUCUGCUGCAGGGGCUCAGCAACAAGACGACGGCGGAGCUGGUGGAGCUGAUGCAGUGGACCGACCUGAUCCUGCUGGACUACCUGACUGCAAACUUCGACCGACUCGUCAGCAAUCUGUUCAGCCUGCAGUGGGACUCGCGCGUCAUGGAGCGCGAGACCAACAACCUCCUCAAGACCCCUCGCGGGGACCUGGUGUUCAUUGACAACGAGGCGGGCCUCGUGCACGGCUUCCGGGUGUUGAGCAUGUGGGAGAAGUACCACAGCUCCGUCCUGAGCUCGGUGUGCGUGUUCAGGAGAAGGACCGCGCGGCGCGUGGCGGAGCUGCACGCGCGCAGGGACGCCAGGCAGAGGCUGCUGGAGCUCUACAGAGACAGCGAGCCUUUGUCUCAGGAAUUGGGGUUUUUGUCAGAUGAGCACGCGGCCGUCCUCCAGGAGAGGAUCAACACAUUGCACAGACAUAUUUUGCAUUGCAAAGAGCGCUACGGCCAGCUGUGAGCGUCCAGCCGGAUGGAUUUAUUGUCUGCACAAGGAAAAAAAAUGUGAAUGUUACACCUGUGCAGCGGAGAUGCACGAACACGUCUUCAGCUUCAGCUGAACUACCUCCCGUGAAUAGAAAUGCCUUGCAUACUUUAUUAAUACAACUUAAUUCAUGAGUUUUCCUACAUGUGAGGGGAAGUUAAUGUUUUUCAACAUAAUUCAAAGCAUUAAUUUGAAUUUCGGAUGAAAAAAACUUCCAUAAUGCUCUUUUACUGCAUUCAUGUUCAGCUAAAUAUAAACAAAUGUACAAAGUGUAGACUAAAACGCCUAUUUGUGACAAUAAGUUUGUUUUUAUGGUGUUAAAGAAUCUCUAAGCCUUAAGUUUACCCUAUAGUACAGGGGUCUGCAACCUUCAACACUUUAAGACACUUUUUUGGGGGUCAAUUUCUUGAUAUCAUCCUUUAAUAACCCUUCAACACCAGAGCUCCGGUGUUUAUGCUCUUUGAUUUACUGUAUUUUUUUAAAUAUUAGCACGAUCAACGUCAUUCCGGUAGAUUUUGAAGGAGAAAAGCGCCG